AUGUUCCGGUGCCUCAGGGGCGUCCGGCAGCGCCUCAGCACCGAUCGCCACCACCACCAGCAGGACAACCGCUGCCAUCUCCGACAGCAAGCCAUGAACAAACCCGCGGAGAACAUCAGCGUGGGCUCUUGUGUCUUCCAAUUCAAAGUAGACUAUGAGCGAAGCAAGCAGAUUCCCGUUGGCACGGCCUUCUAUUCCGACAUCGUCUCCGCCGGGGGACACCUGUGGAGGGUUAAGUUCUUCCCGCGUGGGGAGUUAGAGGCCGACCAGGAGUAUGUUUCCAUCUUCCUCGAGCACAUGAGCAAGUCUAGAAGUGUGGAGGUCAUGUUUGAGAUCUUUAUGAUGGGUAGGGACAGCAAGCCAUGUAUGGCACACAGACGAAGGUUCGUUCGAACCUUGGAAAUCAUGGAAGAUAAAGACAGCAGCGACUGCUGGGGAUGGGGUCAGUUCAUCGAGGGAACUAUAUUGGAGGAAGAUUACUUAACAGAGGGGCAUGUCACAUUUGUAUUUUCCAUCAUGAUCAUCGAUGACAACUGUGUUCUUGUCCCUCCUUCAAACAUCGGGACCCAUCUUGGCCGCCUGCUAGAUCACGCUGAUGGGACAGAUGUGUCGUUCAUUGUUGACAAUGAGACAUUCCAUGCUCACCGAGCAGUGCUUGCUGCCCGCUCCCCGGUCUUCAGAGCAGAGCUCUUCGGCCCCAUGUCUGAGGCUACAAUGCCAUCCAUCACGCUGCACGACAUCACACCUGCAACAUUCAAAAUUAUGCUCCGGUUCAUAUACACAGAUGAACUGCCCCUAGAAGACGAGCUUGAGGACUCUUCCACCGAGAUGUUCCAGAACCUGCUUGCUGCGGCCGAUCUGUAUGCACUGGACAGACUGAAGAUUAUUUGCGCCCAGAAGUUGUGGGAUAAAGUGUCGGUAGAUACAGUUGCAGCUAUCUUAGCUUGGGCUGAAACCUACAACUGCCAGGAGUUGAAGAACAGGUGCAUUGACUUCUUUGUGGUGGAGGAAAAUUUCAAGAAGGCCAUAUUCACUGAUGGUUAUGCGUUGCUGGUUCUGAAAUUCCCAGAGAUCAUUGCUGACAUAAAAAAGAGGGUUUAG